AUGUGCUCUCCACGAAAGGAUACGGUGAAACAGAUGUGGGAAUGUGCCUCCUCCAGACAUGAUCAUCGGGAAUGUUGCAAAAAGAAGAAGGUACUUCCGGCCUGUAUGGUGUACUGUGAAAGCAAUCAUUCUGCGCCACCGGACUAUCUGAAUCAUCUGAUUUGUCUCCAGAAUUUCAACAUCAUACGAGAUUGCUUCAAAGAACAUCUUCACAAGAAUCCAAAUAUCUUCGGAGAUAACUAG